AUGGCCGUCAAAUUUUAUCCGUCGCAAAUCGGAUCCAACCUCGUUACCCCUUUGUCCUACACUGCAUCUCCUGCCAAAUUAUUUCUUCAAGAUUUAUGGGUCGUGUUUGUGAAUCUUAGAUUUGUUCCUGGUAUUUUUCUACCUCUGACUCCCACACCUUCUGGUGUUCUGGACGAAUUAUACCCUUCUGCAGGAAACCUAUUCGAUCUUGCACUGCAUGCCGUUCUGUUCUUUCUGCAAUUAUGUUUUAUCCUUUCUAUUCCUAUCUGGAUGAUGAUGCCCGUGUGGGUAGUAGCCACGGGAUUCACCAUAUUUUGGGUGUUCAAUUAUUACCUUUGUUUAAUUUUGAAUGGGUCAGCAUCUGUGACAACGUGUGAAUCAGCUCCCGAGUAUGCUCAAAGAAAGGAAGAGCAUGCUCAUGAGCGAUGGGUGUACAUGAAUGGUGUUUGCACUGGUCACCAUUGGCUGAAAGGUUCUGUAGAUCGUCUUGCUCUCACAUUCGGCCGUCCGGUUCUAGGAAUUCACAACAGAACCAAGGGACUUGUUUUUGAUCUCCUUGAAUGUCUAAUUCAGCGCACUCUCAACUACGCCACUACUGACGUUCGUACCUCCUACCGUAUCCUUAAAGGAACAUUAUACGAGCCCGAGGUCACACGAGUAAUAUUCAUUCUACACUCGCAAGGUUCCAUUGAGGGCAGCAUGAUUGUAGACUGGCUGCUCGCCGAGAUUCCUCAAGAUCUUCUCCAAAAGCUUGAAGUUUACACCUUCGGAAACGCCGCUAACCAUUUCAAUAACCCGCAUCUACAAAUAGCAUCUCAGAAUAACGCCCUGGCCCACCCGUCAUUACGGGCAACUUCUCUCACUAGAACAGUUACCACCCUGUUCACAAACUCAAACAAUCCAGUAGAACUCCCAGCUAGCCGAAAUGGAAAUGGAAAAGCCAUCCCACACAUCGAACACUAUGCACACACAUAUGAUUUUGUCUCUCGAUUCGGAGUUCUUCACUACCACACAAAUUAUAGUAAUGAUACAUUUGCUCCACGAUUUAUGGGAAGACUAUUUGAAGUAGAAACUAGCGGUCACAUGUUCGUCCAGCACUAUCUAGACACCAUGUUUCCACUUUCCAAAUCCGCGCGAAGGCUAUUGCAAGGCUCCGGAAUCAAAGACGACAUGAAGGCUGCAGGCGUAAACUGGGAUCGAGAGCGUGUAGAUGAAGAAGACGUCUUUAUGACCAGCUCGGUCGAAGGCAGAGGUCGCGUGGCGCCGGAAGACAAACUGGGAAGAGAAGAUUGGGAAGUUUCCUGUGUGGGGGAAUCGAACGCCGAUGAUGGCAUUGCGCCACAGAUGAGUGCAAAAAGUGGAAAAACGAAUGGGCCAAAGAAGAAGAAGGGGACGAACUUGCCGGGGGAGGGAAUAAUGGCGACCAAUGGAGAUUUUGGGGCGAGCGGAUAUAAGGUCAAGAACUUGAGCAGAUUAUGGUUGUAUCGCGACGGCAGAAGCCCUAUGAAUUAA